GUUUCCUGUCCAGAGAUCCGCUCUACUACAUCGCAUCAUAAUGCCAAAAUCAAAGGAAGUGCUGUCCUCCACAUCUGGAAGUGACUCCGACAGUGAAGUAGAGACCAAGGCAAAGAGAAAGAAGUCCAGUGUACCAGAGAAACCAGCCAAGAAACCAAAGAGCGGAGAGAGUUCCAAGCCCAGCGGCUCAUCUAAAGGCAGCAGUAACAGUGAUGAUAACAUGUUCCAGAUUGGAAAGAUGAGAUAUGUCAGCGUCAGAGACUUCAAAGGUAAAGUUCUGAUUGACAUCAGAGAGUACUGGAUGAACCAAGAUGGAGAGAUGAAGCCAGGGAAGAAAGGGAUCUCCCUGAAUCCUGAACAAUGGAACCAACUGAAGGACCAGAUCUCAGAAAUUGACGACGCCAUUAAGAGAAUAUAAGCAUUCCUUUUCCAUGUUAACUGUUGGCUAAUCAGUUUUGUAAAAACUGGGAUUGUUUUCUAACGAAAUUUG